AUGGCAACCUCAAAGUUAGCCCAGCCGGACACUGAGUCGUCUUCCAUGGUCGACACCCCGAUGACAGAUGCUCAUGACAACGUCCAGCCGCGAAGGCCAUCCUUUGGUCACCUCAAUCGCUACAUAGACGACACGCCCGAUUACACUGAUUCAGACACAAACCCAAACACGACCGCCAGCAGCGUGGCUGGAGAUUUCCCCAACGCCGAUGGUCGAAAGAAGAGAUCGGAGGCUUUACUGCUGCGCAAGAGCAUACUGGGGAAGAAGCAUGGUCAAUUGGACGAGUCCAAAGAAGAUGACACCAUACGAAGAUUCAAGUAUCUGCUCGGUUUAACUGACCUGUUCCGCCAUUUCAUCGAGACCAAUCCAAACCCCAAGAUCAGAGAGGUUAUGGACGAAAUCGACCGUCAGAAUAUGGAAGAGGAAGACAAAGCCAAGAAAGCCGUCUCUCGGAAGGGAGGUGCGGCGGCGAUCGGCAAGAGAAAGACGGAGCAGGAAGAAGAUGCAGAGCUGCUACGGGACGAGAAGCGUGGCGCCGCGUCUCAGACUGUCUUCCGGGAGUCGCCCGCGUUCAUCCAGGGAGGUGAAAUGCGUGACUACCAGGUGGCAGGUCUGAAUUGGCUGAUUUCUCUCCAUGAGAACGGUAUAUCUGGCAUACUCGCAGAUGAGAUGGGCCUUGGCAAGACUCUCCAGACAAUCUCCUUCUUGGGCUAUCUCAGACACAUCUGCGAUAUCAAAGGGCCUCAUCUGGUCGCCGUCCCGAAAUCCACUCUAGACAACUGGGCCAGAGAAUUCAAGAAAUGGACACCCGAGGUUGACGUCCUUGUCCUGCAAGGAGCCAAAGAUGAUCGGCACGCCCUGAUCAACGACCGACUGAUUGAUGAGAAAUUUGAUGUCUGCAUCACGAGUUACGAGAUGAUCUUGAGGGAGAAGGCUCAUCUGAAGAAGUUUGCUUGGGAGUACAUCAUUGUCGACGAAGCGCAUCGCAUCAAGAAUGAAGAAUCCUCGCUUGCUCAAAUCAUCCGGAUGUUCAGCUCGCGGAAUCGACUCCUCAUUACGGGUACGCCGUUACAGAACAACCUGCACGAAUUGUGGGCUCUCCUGAACUUUCUCCUCCCUGAUGUCUUCGGCGACGCUGAAGCAUUCGACUCCUGGUUUUCUAGCCAAAAUGCAGACCAAGACACAGUUGUUCAGCAACUUCAUCGCGUGUUACAACCGUUUUUACUCCGAAGAGUGAAGAGUGAUGUUGAAAAAAGUCUGCUACCAAAAAAGGAACUGAACUUGUAUGUUGGCAUGUCGGAGAUGCAGGUCCGCUGGUACAAAAAGAUCUUGGAGAAAGAUAUCGACGCUGUCAAUGGCGCCGGAGGAAAACGGGAAUCGAAGACGAGGUUACUCAAUAUUGUCAUGCAGCUUCGCAAGUGCUGCAAUCAUCCAUACUUGUUCGAAGGCGCCGAACCCGGUCCGCCCUACACUACUGAUGAACACUUGAUAUACAACUCGGGGAAGAUGAUCAUCCUUGACAAGAUUCUGGCUCGGAUGAAGGAAGAAGGCAGCCGGGUCCUCAUCUUUUCACAAAUGAGCAGAGUUUUGGACAUUUUGGAGGAUUACUGCGUCUUCCGGGGUCACCAGUACUGUCGCAUCGAUGGCGGCACCGCACAUGAAGACCGAAUCGCUGCCAUUGACGAUUACAACAAACCUGGGUCCGAGAAGUUCGUGUUCCUCCUGACGACCCGCGCUGGCGGUCUGGGAAUCAACCUGACAUCCGCAAACAUCGUCGUUCUCUACGAUAGUGACUGGAACCCCCAAGCAGAUCUACAAGCCAUGGAUCGAGCACAUCGAAUCGGUCAGACCAAGCAGGUCAAGGUAUUCCGGUUCGUCACCGAAAACGCCAUUGAAGAGAAAGUCCUGGAGAGAGCUGCGCAGAAGUUGCGAUUGGAUCAGCUUGUCAUCCAACAAGGCCGCGCCCAGCAACAAGUGAAGCAGGCAGCCUCGAAAGACGAUCUGUUGAACAUGAUCCAGCACGGUGCUGAGAAGGUCUUCGAGACCAAAGGGGCGGUUGGCGAUCUGGACGACAUAGAUGCGAUUCUGCGGCGAGGCGAGGCCCGAACCGCCGAAUUGAGUGCCAAAUAUGAGAAGUUGGGGAUCGACGACCUCCAGAAAUUCACGUCUGAGAACGCUUAUGAGUGGAAUGGCCAGGAUUUCGCGCAGCGGAAGAAGGACGUCGGCAUAAACUGGAUCAACCCCUCUAAGCGCGAACGCAAGGAACAAUCCUAUUCGAUGGACAAGUAUUACAAACAAGCCUUGUCGACUGGAGGGAGACCUGCAGAGACAAAGCCAAAGAUUCCACGCGCGCCAAAGCAAGUCAACAUUCACGAUUGGCAAUUUUACCCUCCGGGUCUUCAGGAGUUGCAGGAGAAGGAGACGGCCUAUUAUCACAAAGAAAUUGGCUACAAGGUCCCUCUUGCAGAGGGCACGGAGGAAGACUUGAGUGAUCGAGAGGCUGACCAGCGCUUGAGCCAGGACGAAAUUGACAAUGCUGAACCUCUCACCGAGGAUGAGAAGCAACGUAAGGUUGAAAUGCAACAACAUGGCUUUGGCAAUUGGAAUCGCCGCGAUUUCCAGCAGUUCAUCAACGGCUCGGCCAAGUUCGGGCGGACCAACUACGGAGGCAUUGCAACUGAAGUGGAUAGCAAGGAACCCCAUGAGAUUGAAGAAUAUGCUAAAGUUUUCUGGAAAAGAUACACCGAGAUCGCUGACUAUGACAAACAUAUCAAGACGAUUGAGGCUGGUGAGGAGAAGCUCCGCAAGACCAAUCUCCAACGCAAGAUGCUUCGAAAGAAGAUGGAGAUGUAUCGGGUGCCACUGCAACAGUUGAAGAUCAACUAUACCGUGUCCACAACGAACAAGAAGGUCUAUACUGAAGAAGAAGACCGCUUCCUGUUGGUCAUGCUUGACAAGCACGGCGUCGAUGGAGAGGGGUUAUACGAAAAGAUUCGCGACGAAAUCCGAGAGAGUCCUCUCUUCCGGUUCGACUGGUUCUUCCUUAGCAGAACCCCAGUUGAGAUCGGAAGAAGAUGUGCGACCUUGCUCAAUACGGUUCUUCGAGAGUUUGGCGAUCCGGAAGAAAAGCUGAGCAAUGGUCAUGGGCCAGGAAAAGGACGCGGAAGAGACCGAGAUGAAGACGAAGAUGAUGAGAAUGACAGUGAGGCCGCGCCAGCCAAGAAGAAAUCCAAAAACGGCAUUGUGAACAAGCAAGUCAAGGCUGUUAAGUCCGGUCGAGGCAGCAAAGCCACCUCUCCGGCUACCUCCCGAGCCCAGAGCGUCUCGUCCGCGACAGCGCCCCGGUCCAAGGGAAGGAAGAAGUGA